AUGGGCCAGAAGCUGCUGGUGCAGGAGGCGCCUGGCUCCGGUUCCGGUUCGACGAAUCGCAUGGAAGGCGGCGAAGGGGCCGCAGGAGGGGAACUACACCACUUCCUUCAUCAGUACAACCAGCAAUCGCACAGUCCUGGCCAGAGCCUACAGGGUGGCCUUCCGCUUCCGCUCAGCCCGCAGUCCCUCAGACACGACGGUUCCUCGAGCACCGGUAUCACCGGAGUCAAGAGGGAACCGGAGGACUUGAGCUCGUCGAGAGGGGCACAACAAUCCAGCAAGAGGCACAAACAGGCGCAACCGGACAGCCCCACGCCACCGGGGAUGUACCAUCAUCAUCAGCAUCAACUACAGGUGCAACAGUACGGCAGUCCCUACGAUCCCUACAGCUCGUGCAGUCCACGACUGCAGUCGGCGGCGUACACGUCGACCUCGGCGACGGGCGCGGCGAAUGCUGGAAACCCGAGCGGAUUGCACCAGGAGGCGACAGCGGUCUACGUAACCGGCGACGCUCUACCACCCCUGGCGUCCUCGAGUUCGUCCUCGUUGUCCACCACGACCGCUUCGUACACGAGGUACGAGGUUGUGCCAAGCUCUUACACGACGACACACGCGAUACGCUCGUCCUCGAGCAGCAGCAAAGUCCUGACCGUUGAUCUUCCCAGCCCUGACUCCGGCAUCGGCGCGGACGCGGUCACGCCCAGGCAAGAUCAUCAUCCGCCCACGGCGCUCCAUCAGGUUAGUUGUUCCAUCCUAAUUCGAUGA